AUGUCCAAUGAAGAAGCUUCAACAACUACUCAUCGACGAAAACGAAAUGACCGAAGUGGUUUCGUCGUUUACCUUUACCGAAUGUUGAAAUCGAUCGAUGAAAAAGCUUCGAUCAAUCGAAAGGCGAUGCUUUGUGUCAAUGGAAUGGUUUGUGAUCUUCUUCAUAAAAUCGCUCGAGAAGCGAGUGAUUUGGUUGAACAAACUCACAAACACACUAUUCAAGUUCGAGAGAUUAAAGCGGCAACCAACCUGUUGAUUCGAGGUGAUCUAAACAAGGAAGUUCACGAACAAGCUGCUGAAGCCUUGGCUCGAUUUACUUCAGGUAAAGGUGGAGCAGGAAAAGGAAAGUCCAAACGGAAGAGCAAGAAAUCUGGACAUCGAUCAAAACGAUCCAAUACAAUGUGA